UCACACAUAAGUCUUCUCAUUUCUCACUCAUUUAACAAGGGUCUUGGUGUUUUUUCUCCUAUUCUUCUUCUUCUUCUUCUUCUUCUCCAUCUUGGUUAUUGCUUCUUUUGUUCUCUUCUUCUCUUGCUUCUCUCAGUAUGGAAACUACCAAAGCUGAGGGAAAAAGGAGGUUGAAGGAGAUGGAGGAUGAGGAGGAAGAGGAGGAUGAAGAAGAAGCUAGUGGGUUAGGGUUUGGAGAUGAUGAAAAAAAGAAGAAAGGCAAGAAAGGAUCUAAUGCUAGUGGGUCAAUGCCUGCAGCAGUUUCCUGCCAGGCAGAAAAUUGCACCGUUGAUAUGACCGAUGCUAAGCGAUAUCAUAGACGCCAUAAAGUGUGCGAGUUCCAUGCCAAGGCUCCCUUUGUCCUUGUUGCUGGAAUCCAGCAACGCUUCUGUCAGCAAUGUAGCAGGUUCCACGAGUUAUCAGAAUUUGAUGACAACAAAAGAAGUUGCCGGAGUCGUUUGAGAGGACACAAUGAGAGGCGCAGAAAAAGCUCAUCUGAUUAUCAUUGAGAAGGCUCAUAUUGACAAAAAGCUUGCUACUCACAGAAGAGGUAUAGGCUUCAAAAAGAUGGAGAAAAUUAGAUCAUUUCCUAAUAAAAUUGCCUCUUCCAAGCAUAUUUAGACCGGUUAUAGAUCUAAAUAUGUGUCAUCUCUAGCAAAUGUUGAUGCUCUCUCUCUUCUGUCAAUUUAAUAAUGUGCAACUUUCACUGUA